AACCCCAAUUUUUUUCUGUGAGAUGAGAGUUUAGGGUUCCAUCGAAGAGAAGAAGAAAUUGAUCGAAGAGAAGACCUGGCUUCCUAUUUCUUUCUGUUUCUUAUGUUUUCUAGGGUUUAAUCGUGAUGAAUCAUAACCGGAGACGAAGAUUUGAAAGUGUUGUUUAUGAUACUAAAAAUGUCUAUUUACACUAUGAUGGAGAAUGGCCUAGGCAACAACCUGUUUGUGGAUUCAGUUUCCUUGAUUAUAUGAAUGGAAAGGAGGUGUAUUGGCCUAAGUAUGAUGUAGACACUCUGAACAUGCUGGAUCUGUUGCACAAUGUUUAUGAGUAUAUUGAUGGGAUAGAUGGCCAUCAUUGUGAUUUUCAGUACUUGGAGAGUGGCUUUCUUUGUGAUGUUGUGGAUGAUAAAGGUUUGCUGAAGUUUUGGAAUGAAUCAGAUCAAGAUGUUCCUAAUGAAGUUCAUUUGUUCAUGACUCAUGAGGGGCCCCUAAAAGUUGUGCCACCAGGUGAACCAACUUGGUUGAUCAGAUUAAAAACCUAUUGGACAAUAUCCAACAAAGCCUAUUUAAUGCUGCAAAGCAAAAACGUGAUGCACUGUAGCUAAGACAUAGGAAUAGUUUAAGAAGGCCCUAAAUGAGAAUAGGAUGAUCUUAUCUCCUUGGUGCGACGAGGAGGAAGUUGAGAGAGAUGUUAAAGAACGUAUCAAGAAGGAUGGGAAUCUGGGAGCAUGCAAGACUCUUUGCACCCCUUUCUAUCAGCCUGAGCUUCCAGAAGGGACACUGUGUUUUGCCUCUGAAAAACCAAAACUUGAUAUAAAGUGGACUUACUGGGGCAGAAGCUACUAGUUAGUUCAAGUGGUGUGAUUUGAAAGCAGCUAAAAGUCUUUAUGUUCAACCAUACAGAGUAGGAAAGUAGUUGUGAGUUUUUCAAGUUUGAGGUUGUCUAUCUAAAUUGUUAUCUUGGUAAUUUCUGAUUUGAAUUAU